UUCUCCUACGCUACAUGCGCAACGUUUCCUGUCAAUUCUGCACUCAUCUGUGGCAAGGACUGGAUAGUUUUGUCAUCACUUCAGUUUUCGUCACGCGGUCGUUCACAGAUACUUUAUCUGACCAUGGGAAACAGAGACGACGAGUAUGAUUUCUUGUUUAAAGUUGUGCUGAUUGGAGAUUCUGGAGUGGGGAAGAGCAACCUGCUGUCUCGAUUCACAAGAAAUGAGUUUAACCUGGAGAGCAAGAGCACCAUAGGGGUGGAGUUUGCCACCCGCAGCAUCCAGGUGGACGGCAAGACGAUAAAGGCUCAGAUUUGGGACACGGCUGGACAGGAACGCUACAGAGCAAUCACCUCAGCGUAUUACCGGGGCGCAGUUGGUGCUCUUCUGGUGUACGACAUCGCCAAACACCUAACGUAUGAGAAUGUAGAACGCUGGCUCAAGGAGCUGAGGGACCACGCUGACAACAACAUUGUCAUCAUGCUGGUUGGAAACAAAAGUGACCUCCGACACCUCAGGGCGGUGCCCACUGAUGAGGCUCGGGCCUUUGCAGAGAAGAACACGCUGUCAUUCAUUGAGACUUCAGCAUUGGACUCCACAAAUGUAGAAGAGGCCUUUAAGAACAUUUUAACAGAAAUCUACCGUAUAGUGUCACAGAAGCAGAUAGCAGACAGAUCCGCACACGACGAGUCCCCAGGCAACAACGUGGUGGACAUUAGCGUCCCACCAACCACCGACAGUCAGAAGGGAAACAAACUGCAAUGCUGCCAGAGCCUGUGACCCUCGUUCUGUCGCGUCCACAUCACAACUCCUGUGCACUUUCAACAGCCGUGGCUCUGUUCACAGCCACUUCCUUACUCUUAUGUUCCUCUUUUCUACCUUCUCCCUCUGUUUUAUACAGUAGUUUUUGAAUUUACUCGUUCUUUUCUCUUCAGCAAAUGAAAGAAGCCUUUUGUAACGUGGUCAGUUGAGCUGUUCAUGGAGCAAAUGUGUGCUGCUGCAAAGCAGGGAUCAUGAAUGAAAGUAGAAGUCGUAUCACUGUCUCUAGGGAAAUCCUUCAAAGCAUGAACUGUAUUGAGACAUUUCGUUGUGAGCCACUAGAUGGUGCUGCACCAGUAAACUACAGGUUAAACAGCAUUAAGCCUUCUGAUGGUGAGCUUCUUCUGACACCUGUUCAGUUGUCAUGCCAAAAACAUCCUUGUUGAGUAUUUAUUGAAGAGUAUUUGGCUCAUUAUGUCACCGUUUUACUUCCACUUAAAGAACUGUAAAAGAAUAAAAUUAAUAAAACUUUGGGAAAAACUGAUUUUUAUUAUGGAGCAUCUAUUUCUUGAGGUUCCUAUCUAAUGUACAAACUUCAACAGAACACGGAGUUAUUUGCAUGCAAAUUAAAAAUUCAAUAAAUAUAAAUUGUACCUGAAACCUA